AUGGUGCACUCGAGCUCCCGGUAUUAUUACGAUACACUCGAACUAGAGACAGCAGGGGAUGAUGAACACCGAAAUGAUUGCAACCAAAUCGAGUGGCCCUUGAUGGACGACGACGAUUUCUACAAAUGGUCAAGACGAGCCCUAGUCAUCGUCGCAUAUAUCGUCCUCGUGAUCGCUGCCAUAAACAUCGCCGCCAUCGUCGGUCUUCUCAUUUACCUCUUGGUAAACCCAAACACCUCCACCGACUCAGAGUUCGCCUUGUACAAGAAUACCCGCUUCAAAGAGUGUGCAGCCGUGGUUCCGGACGCAUCCAACUGCAGUGCCAUCCUGGCCGCCUGGGCAAAGGACGACAAUUACGGAAAUAGGCCUUACUACGCAAGUCUGGGACGCUAUUAUAUCAUGGGUACGAAGGUUACAGCCGAAAACAAAGUUUCGUAUGACUGGUGUCAGACCGUUAGUUGUUUUAACGACUACAAGGUUAUUCCGUCGUCGGCGAAUGACUCUGCUUUGGGCCGUACUGCCUUGAAGAGCUGGUGGGUUGUCAUUAUGAACGCGUGGGGAACCGUUUGGAAUUUGAGAAAGGCGUCGCCCUGGUUCCGUCCGAAUCCUGGAAGCGCGGAUUGUCGCGGGUUUCGAGACCUUGGAAUUAUCGACUGGGUGCUCCUUAUAUAUUCUCUCGCUGGACCUAUUAUUGGUUGGUGGGUGUCUUUCGCCGAUUCGGUCAUCAAUCCUAUUCCAUGGCCGACACUCAAUGUGAUUGCCUGGUUGACUACUUGGAGAUACUCGAGUACUCUUCUAUAUCAUCCAUACUCGUGCAUCUUAGCACGAGUUCCAAAGGUCGCCCGUGUCCUACCAUGGAUAUUCGGCAUAUUGGCAGCUUUGCAAUGUGCCGCCUCAUUGUACAGCGCAGAGACAGGCGAAGCUAUGAGCGGAGGCACGAAAAAGCUCUAUGACAGCUAUACGUGCUUAGCAGCACAGGUUUCAGCUGCGCCAGGAACAUCGACCUGUUCUGCAGAAGAAAUCUGCUCGAAAUCAUGGCUGUUCAGUGCACCGUAUUUCAUCAUGCCCGGAGAUGUGGGCAAAGGAUUACCAUUUGGGCUCCUUGUAUCAGCUCUAGUCGUCGCUAUUGUGGUGCCGGUCUUCUUUGCUUCGUUCAAAAUCUUUAGCAGCACCGAGAGAUCUUUUAAACGGUACUAUAAAAUGUGGUCGCCGCUGAUCUGGCUGUCAUUUUUGGCGAUAGUCACUGCGUUUAUAGCCGGCGUGGAGUAUCCGAUAGAGCUUGGGAAGGCUUGGAAUCAGAGGAAGGCUGAUGCACUCGUUGCAUAUGAUGUGGAGUGCCAUGUUGCUCACGUUGCAUUGAGUCCUUGGAGAUUCUAUAUGGACGUGGAUAAAUACUCACGAGCAUUGCGAGUCGUCAAAUUAUGGUUUAGUGUUUAG